AUGGUUCGGAACGCGAAGAGCACCGCAUUUGCGGCGGUGUCCGGAUACUCUCUGCGGACCUUGAAAAUUCAGGUGAGGGAUGUACGUGGAGAUGUCGCGCCGGUUCGUACCCAUAUCCGCAGCAGGUCUCCAAGGAUUGGCUCUGAGGACCGGGGCGUGUCGGGUUGGACGGGAAGCGGAUGCGGCCGGUGCCGGGCCUGGUCGAUGCUCCUCAGAACUGGCACGGACAAGGGGAAUCCGACUGUCUAA